GCAUGGUGGUGCUACAACCAGAAGGAGACAUCAGACAUCAAAAAGGUGCGUAACUGUGACACACCUGGACCGUUACCGGCACCAGUAAAACCAGACCACUGACUCCACUUCAUGCCUGUCAACCCCAAGUAAUCAGCUCUGCGGAUAUGUCGACGCUUUGUCCAGAUUGUAAUUUAACAUGGUCUGAUUUACAUUGCGCGCGAUGAAUGUCACAUGGGGUUUGCUGACGGUUUUGAGUGUGGUGUGCCACACUGAGUCGAGGUGCUCACCGACCUCUUAUUAUAAGAACUGCUGGAUCCGACGCUUUCCCGGAAUUUUUAUCGACAUCGAGGAGUCUCAGCGGAGAGGAGCACAACUUCUCAAGUCUUACCAGGAGGAGACCGCGCUGAAAUGCAGCCGCACCUGUUGCCUAACCAGAAACUUUUCUUGUAAUCUGGCCAUAUUUCAUUAUGAUACCUCUCAAGAAAACGUGAACUGCUUCCACCUGCACUGCCCGACCCUGGAGAGCUGCAUACUCAGCCACAGAGGAAACGUUGUUCUGUACAAUAUCACAAAGGGCGUGGAUCCUGACCUGUUGGUGUUUGGAAAAUACUUUACCUCCAAUGUACGUGUGUUCCCUCACUACUACAGUCGAGGAAACGCCUCAGAGCCGCUGCCCUCAGACAAACGCCAGUUCAUCCAUCCGCUUCCACCGGCUGCACCUCCUCUGACAUUAUCUCCCACAGUUAAACCUCCCACCACAGCAGGCAGGGUCCUCACUGCUGUCACCACCACCAUCACUAGUACCAGUAUCACCACACUGCAGAGCACCAGUCAGCCUUCAACAGUUCCCACAACUACAGCUGCUUUAUCUUCCACUGCAGAGACUCCACUAGCUUCGGGGAACUAUGAACAAACAACCCUGACCACCUCCACCACUUCUCUUGCACCCAGCUUCAAAACACCUCCUUCAUCCACCGCAGCAACCAUCCUCAGCCUUUACAAUCCCAAAACCACUCCUGCCUUUUCUGACUUUUCUGCCACGACUGCACAGCCCUCCACAUCCCCUCUCCAUCACCACACCACCACAACCAUCUCUCAGUUGGCCACCAGCCCUCCACCCUCCACAGCCUUUAUGGGCAGUAUAGAGAGCAGCAAGCAAUCCCCCAAUGACACCAAGGGCAGCCUGGGAAGGAACCACACUGCAGGCAGUGAGGGAGGCCAGGGUGUCAGCGGGGAGGACACCUUAGAGAGUUUGGGACCAGGGUGGCAUGUAGCUGCUCACACCUUGCUGGUUGCGGUGGCCAUCUGUAUCACAGUGCUGCUGAGCUGCUGCUGUUCCAUUCUGCUGGUGGUGAGCUGGAGAGGUCAGAGGAAGAGGAUGGGGCGAUACCGAACAUCGUGGAGAGGGAAAAGAGGCUCCAUGCGUCUGAUAAAGUAUGUGCUGGUCAGAGAAAACUCCUCAAAGUAG